UUCUGUCAUUUUGUCCCACAGGGAGAGAUAGGAUCUGUUACACUCAGCAUCAGGUCCACCAAGAGCCAGACCCUUUACGAUUACUUGGGCUGGUCAUACCACAGCGAGUACUUCAACAAGCAGGUGCUCGGCAGAGACAGCACCAGGGGGGUGCUCACUGCACUGGAAGUGUGACACAGUCCCAACCCCCAACACAUUGAUUCACACUGAAUUAAGCUACUGCAUGAUGCUGCAGGCAGAAGGCUUGGCGCAGGUGAUUUACCGUCCCCAUCAGACUUAACAUCUUCGGACAACUCCUCUGUCCUGCUCCUGUUUGCUGUGGAGGGACUACUAAAAACCAUCUGCCACUGUACCAACCUUAUCACCCAAAGGGAUGACUGGAAGUCAUCUUAUACAGGAGUAAGAGAGGAAGCAAUGAGCUGGACUAUGACUCUAAAAGAUGACUUUGGGGUCAUUGCCUGGACACGGCAAGUUGGGAACUUCCUCAGGCUCUUCCUCCUCCUGUCUCUCUUUUCCAUUCCAGUCCCUUCAGACAUUGUGCUACCUAAAAACUACCAUUUUUCAUGGAAAGCAGGCCAUUGGGGUCACUGUACCGGAGAGCAGUGCGGUUCGGGUGGGGUUCAAACAAGGACAGUAUGGUGCGUACACAUAGAGGGUUGGACUACCCAUCACUCUCACUGUCGGCACUUGGACAAGCCAGAAAGCCAGAGGCAGUGCUUUAAGGUGUGCGACUGGCACCAGGAUCUUUUUGAGUGGGAGGUUUCUGACUGGGGAGCUUGUAUUCUUGUUCCUUUCUUUUCCAAUGAACUCAAGCUGAGGACAACUGAAUGCAUCACAGCACAGCAUGGCAUUCAGAGGCGUAAUAUCCACUGUGUUCGCACUUCAAAUCGAACCAUAGUCACCACCAGGAUAUGUGAGUUAUUUUCCCAGAAACCACCUGUGGAGCAAGCAUGCUUAAUCCCAUGUCCCCAGGACUGCGUGGUUUCAGAUUUCACCUCGUGGUCAAGUUGCAGCAAAACCUGCGGUGCUGGCCUGCAGCAUCGGACUCGACAUGUCCUGGCCACACCAAUGUAUGGAGGGGCAAACUGCCCUAACUUAACAGAGACCAGGACUUGUACUAGCUCUGUUGACUGCCCUGUUGCAGAGGGUGAGUACCAGUACAGCCUUAAAGUAGGGGCCUGGAGUGACUGCCGGCUACCCCAUCACAAGGAUGCCCUAUUAAAUGGAAGGACCACAGUGGACUUCAGCACCCGCUCCGAUGAGAACAACACUGUCACAUUGGACACAGUGACUUCUCACCACCACUCCCAUCACACCCGCCACCAUCAUGUUCAUGAGCACAUCAAACACCCCAUGUCAUGGGAAUUAGAAGUGGGAUAUCAGACACGACAUGUACGCUGCACAAGAAGUGAUGGCAAGAAUGUAAUGCUGAGUCUGUGUACCAAGGACAGCUCCCCCCUGACCUUCCAGGCGUGUGGGAUGCCCAAAGACUGUCAGACAUCUGAUUGGUCAUCCUGGAGUACCUGCUCCAAGACCUGUCGGUCCAACGAUCUGUCUCCUGGUUAUCGUCUUCGGUCACGGAUCGUGACGCAGAUCCCACAUGGAAGCGGGAAGCGAUGCCCUGCCCUCGAAGAAAAAGAAGCUUGCAACAUCAUUGGAGAUUUACUUCCAAAAUGCCCCAGGUACAUGUGGAGGGCCACAGAUUGGGAUGAAUGCCGCAUCCUGCCCUUACUCAGCCAGCAGGAUCAGAGGCUGGCUAAUAUCAGUCUUCUGUGUGGAUGGGGCAUCCAGACCAGGAAGACCUACUGUGUUCAAGUCCCUGAUGAUUCAGCUCCACAUCACAGGAAGGAAGUCUCCAGGCCCGUUAAUGCCAGGAUGUGUGAAGGUGCAGAGCCCCCUUUGGCCGUCCAAAACUGCUCCAUCCCCUGCCAGCACCACUGCAUGCUCUCUCAUUGGUCACCCUGGAGUUCCUGCCUACAUGAUGACUGCAAAGAAACCCAGGGGAAGAAAGGUUUCAGACAAAGAAGGAGGGAGGUGCUGUGGGAGUCUGGUGGUUCUCUGAGAACUUGCCCUCAUCUGAUGGAGUUCAUGCCCUGUGAGGAUCCUUCCUGCUACCUGUGGCAGGUGCAGCAGGAGGGAAGGUGCAUUCCAGCAAAAAGCCCGUGUGGUCCUGGAUCUACCACCCUGAAUGUGACCUGUGUCAGUGCUGAAGGAGAAGAUGUACCCAACACCCACUGUGUAGACGAUCCUCCAUCCUCUGAGGAGGCCUGUGAGGUGGCCUGUUCUACAGACUGUGUGGUUGGCUUCUGGUCCUCUUGGUCCUCCUGCUCACACAGCUGUGCCACUAAGACUGCAGAGGGCAGGCAGAGCCGCACUCGUACAGUGUUGGCCAUCCCAGGAAAAGAAGGGAAAGCUUGUCCUGCAGCUCCAGCCCUGGAGGAGUGGCGAGUCUGCAAUGACCAUCCCUGCAUGGUGUUUUACUGGGAGGCAUCGGUAUGGGGUCCCUGUACUGAGGACACAUCCACUAGCCUGAAUGGAACCAGCCUCUGGAACGAGACCUCCACCUGCGGUGUCGGAGUGCAGAGCCGCAAAGUCAGCUGCACAAAGAUGAAUGUCGGUCCUGUCAUAAGUAAAAGGUGUUCGGAUUCUUCCCGCCCAGAGACUGUCCGACCCUGCUCACUUCCCUGCAAGAAAGACUGCAUAGUGACCCCUUUCAGUGAAUGGACCCUCUGCCCAUCAAGCUGCCUUCCAGAGAAUACAACCACCGCCAUGCAGUCGCGAUACAGAACCAUCAUUCAGAGGCCUGCUAAUGGAGGUCAAGAGUGUCCUGACACACUCUAUGAAGAGAGGGAGUGUGAAUUACUACGUGUAUGUCCAGUGUAUAGGUGGAAGACGCACAAGUGGCACAGUUGCACUUUGGUCCCAAAUUCUAUUAGACGAGGAUUAUCUGGAUCAGGAGACGACUGUGGAAACGGUUUAGAGACAAGAGGGGUCAGCUGCAUUGGGGAGAAUGGAGAGUCGGCCAGCAUGAUUGAGUGCCUGCGAUGGGCUGGCCCCAUGCCCUUUCAGAUCAGAGAAUGUCAUGUGGCUUGUAAGGACGACUGCACACUAACUGCAUGGUCCAAGUUCUCUGAGUGUGCUGGAUGUGGCAGCUCACGAACUCGCAGGCGCUCACUCACAGGUCGCAGCAAAAAGAAGGAGCGUUGCCUGAAUGAGGAGUUGUACCCACUGGAGGAGACGGAGACUUGUUCCUGUGAGAAGUUUUUAUCUCAACCAUACGGGAACUGGUCUGCAUGCAUCCUCCCAGAUCCCUCAAUUCCCGGCUCACUGCAGGGUUGGAUGAGCCACCGGGAGGUUAAAGAAUGUGGCCAAGGUCUCCGCUACAGAGCAGUGGCAUGCAUUAACCAGCUGGGACACCUGGUUAAUCCUAUGUUCUGCACAGACUCAGGCUACAUCAUGGAAGUUUGCCACAUCCCUUGCGCCCUGGACUGUAAGCUCAGUGACUGGUCUGCUUGGUCAGCUUGCAGUGCCUCCUGUGGCGGCGGGCUGAAAAUCAGGUCCAAGUGGCUCAGGGAGAAAGCUUUCAAUGGGGGACGGCCUUGCCCCAAGUUGGAUUUGAAGAACCAGGCUCAGGUGUACCAGGCUGUGCCAUGCAACAGGGAGUGCAGCCAGUAUGAGUGGAGGACUGAGCCUUGGUCCAUUUGUACCAUUAAUACUGUGGACGACCUGCCAGCCUGCGGAGAGGGAGUCCAGAGUCGCAAGAUCAGGUGUGUGAAGAAGGGAACGAUGAGUGGGGAGGAUGGCAGCGUGGACGAUAGUCUGUGUGAUCAGGACGAAAUGCCACCCAGAGCCCAGGUCUGCCAUCUGGCCUGCCCCAAUGACUGCGUCAUGUCACCUUGGGGCCCGUGGAGCUACUGCCCUUUGCAAUGUGAUCAAGGAACAGUGAGAAACAGAAGCAGACAGAUCCUCCGCCUCCCUGGCCCGGACAACACGGCCUGUCCAGAGCCGGUCCAGUCAGAGCCUUGUGUUCUCAACAGUACCUGCUUCACCUACCAGUACACGGUCUCAGACUGGAGUACCUGCCAGCUCAGUGAAAAUGCCAUCUGCGGUCAGGGCUCACGGGUGCGCCUCUUGGACUGUGUGCGGAGUGAUGGCAAGAUUGUGGACUUACAGAAGUGUGAGCAGCUUGCUUUGACCAACAAGUGGUGGCUGAUAGAGAGCUGCGUGGCUGACUGCCCUGUCAGCUGUAUCCUCUCUGAUUGGUCGUCGUGGACAGAAUGUUCACACACCUGUGGGAGCAAAGGUCAGUCAGUUCGGACCCGGAGAGUCCUGCAGGAGGCUCACGAGGAGGGUCGCCCCUGCCCCAGCCAGCUCACCCAGACCAAACCAUGUCCUAUAAGGCCCUGCUAUGUGUGGCUGUUGAGUGACUGGUCCCCAUGCACUGUAGAGGGUGCAGACUGUGGUGAAGGUCUCCGGAAAAGAAACCUGUCGUGUAUCGUCCACUGGGGAGACUGGCAUGAGUCUCAUCCUCACCCGGCAGAAAUGGAGCUUUGUGGAGACAUCCUCAGGCAGCGCCUCCACCAGGAGAUGGAGGCGCCGUGCUUCGUCCCCUGCCCAGGAGAUUGCCAUUUGACCGAGUGGUCAUCUUGGAGCGCUUGUCAGUUAACGUGCCUGGAGGGACGGAGUUUUGAGUCCACUGGUCGCCAAGCUCGCUCCAGAGCUGUGAUUAUUCAGGCAAUGGAGAAUCAGGGCAACUGUCCACAACAAGUCUUUGAGACUCAGCCAUGUAAAGGAGGAAAAUGUCACAAUUACCAGUGGAAAACAGGAGGAUGGAGCAACAAUAAGAGGGCAGUGUGGUGUCAACGCUCAGAUGGCGUCAAUGUCACAGGGGGGUGUUUCCCACAAAAAAGGCCAACCACACUCAGACACUGCCAUCCUCCGUGCACAAAACCGUUCUCACACUGCACACCGAGUGGAGUGUGCGGGUGUGAGAGGGGUUACACUGAAGUGAUGACCUCACAUGGCUUUUUGGAUUACUGCACGAGGACCCCAGGGAUGGACAACAGCAAGAAAGCCGAUGUGAAAACCAACUCUGGGAGAUUAAAACCUGGACCGUCUCAGGCCGGUGACCUCUUCAGUGAGUGGACCUUGCGACCUGUUGGCCCAGAUGGAAGAGUAAAACUGUGGGUUUAUGCCGUGACUGUCGUUGGAUUCAUCGUUAUUCUUUUCAUAAUUGCAUUGUCAUUCCUGGUCUGUAAGCCUCCCAAAACCACAAAGACGUCUCCUCCACCGCAGAAGCCCUUGACCCUGGCCUACGACGGCGACAUGGACAUGUAACCAGGCUGCUAUACCUCAUGAGGACGUGCUCGGCCUUGGACAGAAUCCUGGCUGCGUUCAGAUCGUUAGCACUUAUCCUCUGCAUAUCGCUGACACGUCUGAGCUGGGUGCAGGAAACAAAAAUGUUGAGCAAAUGGAUGAUUAGUAAUGCUCAUAUGUGGUUUGCUGCUGAAGGGCGAUGCAGCCCUGAAGUUUGGUUACAGUCAACAAGAAGAAGCAGAACCAAAGCCGAAGGAGGUGAGAGCAAGACAUGGACCUAGUUUUUUUUUUUUUAACUGCUUGCGACAUGAACGCACAGUUGACGCACUGUUUGCAAAUCAAAC